UUCACAUAGACUUACCUGUCAAGAGCAGCUAUAAAAUCCCUGUGACCUGCGUUUUGUAUCGACAACUUGGUUAAUUAUAUUACCUCAUACUGCGUAUGACUUAACACUUCAUCGUUAUCCAAAGUGAUUGUCCUUUCUUCAUAAUGAAGCCGUACGUUGAAAACGUCGAGAUAUCAGGUGCAAUAGACGUCACUGGCGGCGAAUACAACGAAGAGCAACAAACAUGGAGUAUUUCUGUAACUAAUCUACCAAACGAUGUUUUUGAGGAUUCAGACACGAAGGAAGUUUUUGAAAAGUUGUUCUCACCUUAUGGGAGUGAAAGUGACAGAAGCUUCAUCUACUUAAAGACUUUUCACAGAGCCAGGGUUACCUUUACUGAGGAAGAGAAUGCAAAAGAAGCCAAGAAAGAUCUGCAUGGACAACUUUUUCUGGGCUAUGAACUUGGCAUCUUCCUUGUUCAGAGGCAGUCCUCCCUUAACAACAACUCUAAUCUUAAACCACCACCUCAAACAAAACAGUUCUUGAUUUCCCCUCCUGCAUCACCUCCGGUUGGCUGGGAACAGACUCGUGAGUCUCACCCAGUGAUCAACUAUGAUCUGCUGGCUGCCGUAGCCACUUUAGACACUUCACAACCUUGUCAGCUGCACAAGUCUUCUGAAGAUGCACCUAGCAUUGUGGUACACUUGUGUGAUGAAGGAGACGAGGAAGAUGGUGUGAUUGAUGAAGGUAGCAAGUUCCGCCCAAUGAAAGUAUUGCCAAGAGAAGUUGUGCAAACAAGAAGACCAGAAAGAAAAUUGUAGAGAAUAUUAAGAAGGCAUCAUACUUUAUAUAUUUUAAAAUAUAUAUAGUGUAGUCAUCCUUUUCUCCUUUAAUGUUAGAAGUCAAGAAACAGUUUUGUUUUAUUCAUUGUAAUAUAAGUGACCAUUCUGUGUCACCUGAAACAUGCAAACCAAAGUCUAGCAUUAAGGUUUUUCUGUUCAGAAAACAUACUUACAAGUAAUGCCAUAUCAGUGUGUGUACAGAUACAAUUUUUCAUUUGUGAAGAGUGCCAAAUUAAACAUAAGUUGGAGGCGAUGAACAAGAAUAUAUAUUAAUUUAUGAAGUUAUUCCAGUAUUUAUAGAGACUUCACCAACUCGUGUUGAUUAGUUCAGCAGGAAUAACUUAUGUUAUUACACGACUCGGGCAGUCAGAGGGCCAAUAACUAAAAUCAACCAAUCAAAAUGCUCUAUUGCCAGUCAAU